AACUCCUUCAUUACUCAUGUUUUCUUCUCACAGUAUGUCGUCACCGUCCCGGAUUAUCUUUACAUUGUCCGUGAAGAACUGACACACAUUCUCCACUUUUUAUCCUUGGAGCUCUGAAAAUCACUCCUCAAUUAAAAGGAAGCUCCCUUCCUUCCUCUCUUCAGGAGGAGCAGUCACUCUGACCUGGCUGUCAUGGCCCCAGGCUUCCAAUCAUGCAAAACAUGUCCCUCGUAAGCCUUCCAUCUGUCGCUCACAACUUUCCACGUGAACUGCACGCCUGCACUAUGACCACUUCCCACAUGAACGGCCAUGUAAGCGAGUCGGAAGAGAGGGCUACAGGCACCAGCGACACCUCGGACUCGUCCGGUCACUGGCACAGAGAGAUGGCUGUGGACUGCCCAGGUGACCUAGGCUCCCGGACGCUGCCUGUCCGGCGCAGCGCCCAGCUGGAACGUAUCCGCCAACAGCAGGAGGACCGCAGGAGACGGGAGGAGGAGGGCCGUAGCCGCCAAGACCUCGAGGUCAACUCUUCCAUGCGCCUCAAAAAGCUGGCACAAAACCCCAAGUUGGGGAUUGACAACCCCACAUUCGAGACAUUGGAGGGUCCUGGGGCACUGCAGGGCUUUAGUGUCGCACCACGACUGUUGGACCUGGAGGAGUUGCUGAUGUCUCUGAAGCAGGUACAGCACAGUCUGAGUGAUGCUCAGAGUCAGGAGGACGUAGAACUGGUGCUGCACCUCGUACAGAAGCCUGACUUCCAGAAGGCCUUCAACAUCCACAAUGCUGUGGCGCUGCACAUGAACCGCCCCAGUCCUCCGUUUCCUCUCACAGACUGUGCACAAAGUCUUGUGCAUGAGGUUCAAGCCGUGCUGCACAACACCUCGCAGAAAGAGGGUCUCGAUCUGAGCAAUUUGCUUAACAGCCCUCAAAUGCAGGCGCUGAUGCUCGCCCACGACGGCGUGGCUCAGCAGGAGAUGCAGAUCGAGUCUACAGGUCCUCUCGAUAGCCCAUGCGAGACCCUCACGCAGUGGGGAGGUGAGACCGUCCGGAUCGUACGCAUCGAGAAGGCCAAGGACAUCCCGCUGGGAGCCACGGUGAGGAACGACAUGGAGAGCGUGGUUAUCAGUCGGAUUGUGAAAGGAGGGGCGGCAGAGCAAAGCGGACUGCUUCACGAAGGCGACGAGAUUUUAGAGAUCAACGGGGUCGAGAUCCGUGGCAAAGACGUCAAUGAGGUGUUCGAUAUCUUGGCAGAGAUGCAUGGCACGUUGACCUUUGUUCUGAUUCCCAGUCUUCAAACUAAAUUUCCUCCCAUUAAAGAGACUGUGAUGCACGUCAAAGCUCAUUUUGACUACGACCCUUCCGACGAUCCGUAUGUACCAUGCCGGGAGUUGGGUCUCUGCUUCCAGAAGGGGGAUAUUUUACACAUCAUCAGCCAGGACGACCCUAACUGGUGGCAGGCUUACAGAGAUGGAGAUGAAGAGAACCAGCCUCUUGCAGGACUGGUGCCAGGUAAAGCCUUCCAACAGCAAAGAGAAGCCAUGAAACAAACAAUAGAAGAGGAUAAAGAGCCGGAAAAAUCAGGGAAGCUGUGGUGUGCAAAGAAGAACAAGAAGAAGCGAAAGAAACUGUUGUACAACGCAAAUAAGAUCGAUGAUUACGACAACGAGGAGAUUCUUACCUAUGAGGAGAUGGCUCUGUACCACCAGCCAGCCAAUCGCAAACGACCCAUCGCUCUGAUCGGACCUCCGAACUGCGGGCAGAAUGAGCUGAGACAGAGACUGCUCUCCAGUGAACCUGAUCGCUUUGGAAGCGCCGUCCCUCACACGACACGGAACCGGAGAGACGGCGAGGUGCACGGGCGCGACUACCACUUUGUAUCGCGCCAGGCCUUCGAAAUGGAUUCUGCAGCAGGAAAGUUAAUUGAGUCGGGAGAGUUCGAGAAGAACCUCUACGGCACCAGCACCGAUUCUGUGCGGCAGCUCAUCAACAGUGGCAAGAUCUGCCUUCUGUGUCUGCACACCCAGUCCUUAAAGGUAUUGCGCAGCUCCGACCUCAAGCCCUAUAUCAUCUUUAUCGCACCCCCAUCCCAGGAACGACUGCGUGCCCUCUUAGCAAAAGAUAACAAGAACCCAAAGCCUGAGGAGCUGAGGGACAUCAUCGAGAAAGCAAGGGAGAUGGAGCAGAAUUUCGGCCACUUGUUUGAUGCCGCUAUCGUGAACACCGACCAGGACAAGGCUUAUCAGGAGCUGCUGCGCCUCAUUAACAAACUGGACACCGAGCCUCAGUGGGUUCCCUCAUCUUGGCUGCGCUGAGAUCAUUCUUCAGACACACACACACACACACACAAAGACCCCCAACCCAACAUAACCAUGCUGUGCAUGGGUUUAUGUGGAGUUUUGUGGAUUGGGUGACUGCUGUGUGGCUUUCUGUGCACCUACACUAUUUAACCUCCAUCUGAACUCUUAUACACGAGACUGUUCACCAGGCUUAACACCAGCCUACGUUUUUGAGCAACGCAAAAAAUGUACCAGGUAGUGACUGUAGAGUCGAGUCUUAGUGCUUUCCUACAGCGGAGUUCAAAACAAUACUGUUUAUUUAUAGAAAAGAAUUGUUAAAAAAAAGAAAAAAAUACCCCUUGUUUCAUUAUUCGCAGAGCGCUUCUACACUGUGGAAUGGCGGACAGCAGGGAAAUAUUCUGCGCACAGCUCCUUCACUCGAGCUUGGUUAAUGUUCAGCUAGACACUACUUACUGACACAAUAACUUUUAAAACUUUGCCUUUUUUUUUUUAGUUUCUUGCUGAUGGGUGUGUGUUUCCGAUCUGCAUGUUGCUUUCAGCAUGAUUUUCCUCCAUUUGAAAGGCUGGGAUUUUUUUUGUUUGUUUUGUUUGUUUUUAAAAGAGCGCUUCAUUCUGUUGAUUUAUCCAUUCGGUUGUAUAUUAAUUUAUCAACGGAGACUUGUUGCAAAAAAUUGCAAAGAAAUAAAUAACACUAACGCCCGAAGAUUAUAAUAAAGGACAGGGAUGAGUCA